GUUUCCCAAAAAUGGCUUCACCUGUAGUAGCAACGAUAUCCACGCCUCUUCCCCAUUCUUCACCCGCCAAAAGCAAAGCCUUUUGUGCUUUCCUCAAUUCCCGCUGUUCUGAGAAGUUCUCAACAAUUCCGCCGUCAGUGCUGCGGACUCACACCGAUAGAUCUGUGCUCCGUUUAUCCACAUUUUCUCCAAAUGUCUUUGCCAAGAGGAUUGCUCGAUUUCACAUACUGAAAGCUACUUCAGUUGUAAACUCAGAAUACACUGAAGAACCCGAGACAAAAGUAAAAUUCCAAACAUCAGUGAGUCUUCCAGGUUGUUCUUCCCCACUAUCUUUGCUUGGAACUGGAUACCGGGAAAAAGUAUUUGCAAUAAUCAAAGUUAAAGUAUACGCUGCGGCACUGUAUACAAAUCCAUCGAUCUUUGGUAAACUAGACCCCUGGAAAGGCCAUUCAUCUGAGGAGCUAGAACAAGAUUCAUCAUUAUCCACUGCAAUUCUUCAAGCUCCUCUAGAGAAAUCACUCCAAAUUGUUCUAGUACGAGACAUUGAUGGUAAAACAUUUUGGGGUGCCUUGGACGAGGCAAUCUCCCCGAGAAUCUCAUCUCUAACUUCGGCUGAUAAAUCUGCAAUUUCAACAUUCCGUGGAGUCUUCCAGGGUAGGCCACUUAACAAAGGAACCUUCAUAUUUUUGACUUGGUUGGACACAACAAAAAUGCUAAUUAGUGUAUCCGACGGUCUUCCCUCUUCCAUUGAUGCUACUAUUGAAUCCUCGAAUGUUGCUUCAGGUUUGUUUGAUGUGUUUCUUGGAGGUACACCAGUUUCUCCUUCAUUAAAAGCUUCUGUUUCUAAAGGGUUGGCCGCAGCGCUCAACUAGAAGGCGUUGCUUGCCAUGUUCGGAUCCUCUUUUCCUCGUUAAGUUUAAUUUGAUCAAUACUCUACAAAAAGUCUAACUACAUUUAUCGAGUUUGCUACAUGCAUGCAUACAUUUUAAAAGGAUUUGGAAACAAUAUAUGCCUAGUUCUAGUAGUGAUCACUUUCCGACUAUCUCUUCA